AUGCAUCGUAUUCUUAUUGUUUUGUCUUAUGUUAUUUUCAUAAGUUAUAUCAAUGGAGCUUCGUUUCAACUACCAGCAUCAACUGAUAGUGAUGCUGUUGAAUUGAGUAACUUGGUGGAAAAGUUUUGGUCUUCAAAACCUGUUGAAAUUAACAAAGUAGAUCCUGUAAUAUAUUGCAAAGUUGUAGAAACAUGCUGUGAAGAAAAUCAACGUCAAGAAGCAAUACCCUUGUUUUUUUCAGAAUCUUUCGAUACGGAUGAUAAAAACCGCUUUAAAGAAAUAGUUGGAUCUUGUGUUAAUUCCACAGUACAAAAAGGAGGAGAUAAAUGGUGUCAAACAUACUCUCAAGAGAUGAUCUCACCUUGGAAUCUUCGGUCAAAUUCCCAGGUGAUGCAGUUUAGACAAGUGAUGAUGAAACUUCUCGAAAAACGUGAAAACAUCGAUAACAAUACACCAGAUAUUUGUGACGAUGAAGAAAAGUAUGCUGUUAUGUGUCUAACUAACAAGAAAUUAACCCAAAGAUGUGUUCAUAAAAUGCUUAAAGAUCUGAUUAAGCGCCUUGGUUAUAAGUCUUAUGAAGAACUUGUAAUGAAAUACAAACAAGCACUGAUCGAUAUUAAUCAAGAAUGGUCUACAAUAUCCAUUAAAAAUGGAGAAACAAAUUAA